AUGGAUUUGACAGAUAAACCUAUUCGCCUCGUCGAGCUCCUCUCCCUUAACAAGACGAGAACCAACUUCACACCAGGGCGAAUCCGUUUCGUAAACCGGCGCGGGUGGACCGUUAACGAGUACGGGCAUAAUGUCCGGAUUUGGAGAAUGACCGUUGAAGCGGAGAAGACGUCCUGUAUCGCGGUGGACGAGGAGGCUGCCAUCGGCGUCGAAAGUCCCGUACGAGCUGAAAACCUCGAAAACCCAACUCACCUCUCUCUCCGUCGGGUCCAGCCUGUCGAAAUCUCCGUGAAGGAUCUCGUUGUUCGCGUGGAUACGAUACCGCCAAUAUGGCAAAGUUCGCCUUCACUUCUCUGGGACAGAGUGCGCGGGAACUCGAAGGGAGAUCCCCUCAAAACCAUUCUCGAUGGCGUUACAGCCACCAUGCCCAGCGGAAGCUUGACAGCUAUCAUUGGAGGCAGCGGCUCGGGUAAAACAAGUUUGCUCAAUGUAUUGGCCGGUCGCAUGAAUACGGGUCGUGUCAAAGUCUCGGGCUCUGCCACAUUCAAUGGACAUCAAAACGUCAACCAUGUCCGGAGCGCCUAUGUUAUGCAGCAGGAUAUCUUGAUUUCAACGCUGACUGUCCGAGAAACGCUACUGUACUCUGCUGAUUUGAGAUUGCCGUCGCCCACUACCCCUAGUGAGCGACGGAAUGUCGUGGAGAAUGUGAUCCUAGAGCUGGGAUUGAAAGAGUGUGCGGACACGAGAAUUGGCACCACCACACAUAAAGGAUGCAGUGGUGGCGAGAAAAGACGGACUAGCAUUGGAGUUCAAAUGCUGAGCAAUCCAUCCGUCCUGUUUUGCGACGAACCAACGACAGGGUUGGAUGCGACCAGUGCUUUUCAGGUUAUCAGAACUUUGAAGCAAUUGGCUCGGGAUGGCAGAACCGUUAUUGCUUCCAUUCAUGCUCCUCGUUCGGAGAUCUGGGGCCUUUUCGAUCAAGUGAUUUUACUCUCCCGCGGUUCUGUGCUUUACAGCGGUCCGGUUGAUAUGGCUUUGGGCCACUUUGAAGAAUGCGGCCACUCCAUACCUCCUUUCGUAAACCCCGCGGAGUUUCUGAUCGACUUGGCGGCGUAUGAUAAUAGAUCCGAAGAAUCGGAACGUCUCUCCUGGACACGUGUAGAAAAGCUCAAAAUUGCAUGGCAGGAACAUUCUAUGAAUUCCGUUCAAGCUGACAAGGCCGAAUCUCGACAUAUGGACGCCGCUCCACCAGAGGGAUAUCAACCGGAUGGGCUCCGACAUUGCGCCAGUUUCAAGCAGCAAUUCCGCGUUCUUACUGCUCGCACGAUCAAAAUGACCAUACGAGAUCCUAUGGGAAUGACGGCCAGUUUGUUCGAGGCGAUUGGGAUGGCUGUCAUGAACGGAUGGGUCUACCUUCGAUUGGAUCAAAGUUUGGCUGGCAUUAGGUCGCGACAAGGAAGUUUAUAUACAGCUAGUAGCUUGAAUGGCUACCUCAUACUGCUCUACGAGGUAUUUCGCCUAACUACGGACAUCCAAUUGUUUGACCGCGAAAGAAACGAAGGCAUUGUUGGGGUUCCGGCUUUCCUCCUGAGCAGACGUGCUGCACGGUUGUUCCUUGAAGAUUUACCGGUUCCGUGUAUCUUCUCUGUGAUAUUCUAUUUUAUGGUUGGCUAUCGACUUGCUGCGCCGGAAUUUUUUAUUUUUCUAGCGCUGAACGUCCUCACUCAAUAUUUGGCGGUGACCUUCGCAUCCGUUUGUGUCGGAUUAUCGAGGAACUUCCCAGGAGCGAGUCUCAUAGGUAACUUAUCUUUUACAUUGCAAACCAUGGCCUGCGGAUUUUUCGUCCAAUCCAACCAGAUUCCUGUCUAUGUUCGAUGGCUGAAAUGGAUUACCUACACCUUUUACAUUUUCGGGGCUCUUUGCGCCAACGAAUUUAUCGGCCCCAACGGCCCGCCAGAAGGACAGUUCUAUGACUGCCCUUCUUCAAAUGACCCUAAAGAUCCCUACUGUAAGGAAUAUACGGGAAGAUUCAUCAUGGAAAGCUUGGGAUUGCCCUCGAACUGGAUUUGGCGGCCAAUGUUGGUCUUGGUUGCGUUUAUUAUCGUCUUCUUCGUCAUGGCCUAUCUCAUACUGCGGUUCAGGAAAGUCGACAUGGAUAUUGCCCAAUCCCGGAGCCCGCAAGGUGAUUUAUCGGCAGGAAAGGAGAAGUUUGUAGCCAGGCCGCCCGAGGACGCCUCCAAGGUUUCGAUUAGACUUGAUGAGUAUGCACUGGAGAUUCACAAAAGAACAAUUGGCAAGCGGGGCAUUAAGUCCCAACGAUUGAAUAUUUUGAAACCAAUUUCAGCGGAAUUUCCUCCAGGCCAACUAAGCGUUAUCAUGGGCCCUUCAGGGAGCGGGAAAACGUCGUUGUUAUGUUCAAUUGCUCGGAGAUUGCAAAGUUCGAUGGGGACGAGAUACCGUUUGAGCGGCCGAAUGUUGUAUAAUGGCUCGGUACCGACCGAAAAUGUAGUUCGAGCGGUGUCGUCGUUUGUUACGCAGGAUGACGAUGCUUUGAUGCCCUCACUCACGAUCCGAAGGUUUUGCUGUCUUGAUGAGCCUACAUCUGGCUUAGAUGCGUUCACUGCGCGGAGCAUUAUUGACGUGUUGAACGGCCUAGCUGCUGAGGGCCGGACCCUCAUUUUGACGGUUCAUCAAUCGAGAUCGGAUCUCUUCCAGUCUUUUUCCAACAUUUUGCUGUUGGCAAGAGGUGGACAUCCUGUCUACGCUGGCAAGGGAUCCGAAAUGAUUCCUUAUUUCGACAGGCUAGGACAUCCAUGCUCGAAGGAUACCAAUCCCGCAGAUUUCGUGUUGGACCUAAUUACUGUCGAUUUGCAGGAGAAAGAACGGGAGGCUGCCAGCCGUACAAGGGUUAAGAAACUGAUCUCUAACUGGGAGCAAACGCCCGUGGAGUUUAACCGCCGGAGUUCAGUGAUAUCAACCCCAGCUGAACUGGGCAGCUUGAAGAGGAAAAUGGUCCCUUUUUCAUCUCAUGUUCCCGCUGGUACUUCGACGCCACAUCUCCUUGUCGCGCGCACGAUGCAAGUCAUCGGUAUUGCUAUCAUUUUGAGCCUCUUUUUCGCGCCGUUGAAAACCAACUACGAGUCUGUUCAGUCUAGAAUGGGCUUCAUUCAACAGCUUGCUGCGGUGUAUUUCGUUGGGAUGCUACAAUGCAUUGCGAUAUAUCCUUCCGAACGGGAAGUGUUCUACCGGGAAGAAAGUGACAACUGCUACUCGGUCGAGGCUUUCAUUCUCCAAUACACGUCACUCGAGGUUCCCUUCGAGAUUGUGUCUUCGUUGCUUUUCGGCAUUAUGGCCGCCUUCGCCGUCGGUCUCGAAAGUAGUGUAAAAAUGUUCUUUUUGCUCGCAUUCAAUUGCUUCUGUAUUGUGAGCUGUGGCGAGUCGCUUGGAAUCAUGUUCUGCACGCUAUUCUCACACGUCGGAUUUUCCAUCAACAUAACCUCCGUCAUGCUCUCGAUUUCGACGGUCUUGGGGGGCGUGUUGAGCUUGAAUGUCCCCGCCGUGCUUCAAGCUUUCAAUCACCUUUCCCCAAUCAAGUAUUCGGUGUCGAAUCUGGCGCCGUAUGCCAUGAGGGGUCAGACAUUUACAUGUACGAGUGAUCAGCGACUGCCAAGUGGGCACUGUCCGAUCGAGACCGGGGAGCAGGUCCUCAUGCUGUAUAAUCAAGAUGGCAAGAACCCGGCGAUAAAUGUGAUGGCACUGGCACUGGUGGCGAUCGGAUAUCGGAUCGUGGCAUACUUGCUCUUGAAGGCCACAAGAAGCCAUGGCAUGUGGGAGAACGUCCGGGCUCGUCUGUCAAAAUCUUCCAAAGAGGCAAAGGCGUGA